UUUCCCUCCCUCUCUCUCCCUUUCUUUGUCAUUUUGCUUGGAGAUAAUCUGCCCCAGGAUGGCACACGGUGAACACAGGGCUGCCUUCCUACAAUAGAGCUUUAAGCCAACUUACCUCUGACAGCAGCAGCAUCCAGUCCCCCAAGGUGAAAAGAGAUGACAGAUUGGAGCUGUUCGGUUGAUGGAUGAGAUUCUUCUUCUCUUCCUUCUUUUUUUUUUUUUAAUUUACUAAACAAAAUCUCAUCUUCCCCCACGCCUAAGGGAAAAAAAACCUGCCUUUCCCCCAUCACCCUUCAUGGGGAAAGAGGAAAUAUUCAUUUCAUCAAUUAUUUUUUUUAAUUUUUAACUAACUAGCCAGCUCUUUACUUCAAAAAAGAAUAUUUAUUUUUGGGAUUUAAUAUAUCCAUCCUUAUACUGGAAAGAAAAUAACAAGCAGGGGCAACUUCUUAUCCGCUUCUCUGAGAGAGCUCGACGACCAUCUGUGGGACGAACGAAGAGCAGAAAUGAGAACUGGUCCCUGCCCAGCGACCAGGCACAGAGCGUGGAGGCCAGGCCGUUGGGUGCUGCGCGUGCCCCUGAUGCCAGCCGCGCUGCUCCUCCUCCUCGGCCCAGCCGGCUACAUCUCCGAGCCUGCUCUGUUGCCAUUCCCAGAGAUACGGCUUGCCAACGGGCCGAGCCGGUGCCAGGGGCGAGUGGAGAUCCUCUACAACGGCUCCUGGGGGACGGUGUGCGAUGACGACUGGGACAUCGUGGACGCCAACGUGGUGUGUCGCCAGCUGGGCUGUGGCCACGCCAUCGCCCUCCCAGCCGCCAUGACCUUUGGCCAAGGCAGCGGACCCAUCUUCCUGGACAACGUGGACUGCAAGGGCCGGGAGGCAGCUCUGAGCGAGUGCUGGAGCCACGGCUGGGGCAUCCACAACUGCUACCACUACGAGGAUGUGGCUGUCAUAUGCAAUGAGCUCUCACCCGUGCAGGCAAGUGAAGGACCGACCAGCAGGACCGUCACAGCCUCGGUGCAGCAUGGGGAAAGUGAUGGCAGCAUCCGCCUGGUGAGUGGGACCGACACCUGCCAGGGCCGGGUGGAGAUCUUCUACCGUGGGAACUGGGGCACCGUGUGCGAUGACGACUGGGGCCUGAGUGACGCCAGCGUGGUGUGCAAGCAGGUGGGCUGUGGCCAAGCCCUGGAUUACAAGAGCAAUGCCUAUUUCGGCUACGGCACGGGGCACAUCCUCCUAGACAACGUCAACUGUGACGGCAGCGAGCCCUUCCUCUCUGCCUGCUACAGCCUUGGCUGGGGGAUCCACAACUGCGGCCACCACGAGGAUGCUGGAGUCAUUUGCACAGGCCUGGACAUGUCCACCGUCACUUCCUUCACCACCUCGGUGGCCCUGGAGUACGAAGAGACGCUCACUGCCACGGCCACAGCAGCCACAGACGGCCGAGAGCAGCCCUCGCAGGCGACCGAGGAGAUCACCACGGCUCUCCUGACCGUGGAGCAGGACAGUGGCGGCGUGCGGCUGGCGAACGGGAACGGGAGCUGCCGCGGGCGGGUGGAGGUGCGGCACCGCGGCGCCUGGGGCACCGUCUGCGACGACGACUGGGACUUCCCCGACGCCCAGGUGGUCUGCAGGCAGCUGGGCUGCGGCGCGGCCCUCGCCGCCACCGGCCUCGGCUCCUUCGGCUACGGCAGCGGGCCCGUGCUGCUGGACAACGUGGGCUGCGCCGGCAGCGAGGCCCGCCUGGCCGACUGCUUCCACCUGGGCUGGGGACAGCACAACUGCGGCCACCACGAGGACGCCGGGGUCGUCUGCCGAGGUGCUGAUGACUCAGGAGAUGAUUUCCAAGAAGCUACUUUUACAACCACCGUGUUGGCCCCAACUCAUCCCAAGGACGGGUUCCUGCGCCUGGUGAACGGCAGCCACCGGUGCGAGGGGCGCGUGGAGAUGUUCUACCUGUCCCAGUGGGGGACGGUGUGCGAUGACGCCUGGGACCUGCGGGACGCCAGGGUGGUGUGUCGGCAGCUGGGCUGCGGGCCCGCCGUGGCGGCCUGGGGGGAGGCGCGCUACGGCCGGGGCCUUGGCUACAUCUUCCUGGACAACCUCAAGUGCAGAGGCAGCGAGGCCUCGCUGCUGCGCUGCUCCCACAUCCGCUGGGACGUCCACAACUGCGACCACUCGGAAGACGCCGGUGUUCUCUGCAGCCUCCUAUGACCGCCCCGGCCUGCCCGCGGGGACCUCACGCAGAUCGCGUGGAAGAGCCUGGCCUGCCCUUUGCAGCACGAUCCUCGACACGUGCAGUGAAGCGGCGGCGACUUCUGCUGGGACCCGGCGAAACGGCCCCUUCGUUCCUGUGUAAUGGGUGCGAGGGAGGGGGAGCUCCUCGGCGGCACGGGGCGGUCCCGGCUGCUCGCCCGUCCCCACCUGCUCCUGUGUUUGUACAAUUCUUCUGUUAAUAAUAGCUUGUGCAUAUUCCAGGUUUUCCACUUUUCUUAUACGUUUGGGGGUUGUUUUGUGAAUAAAUAAAAGCCCGUUUAAAGUG